UAUUACCGUGGUCGAUCUGUGCCCAAGAUAUGCCAUGGAAUGUCAAGAGAAUCAAAUACACAGCUAAAUAAAAUAAAUUCAAUGAACCCAUUAACAGAAGAAACUAACAAACCUUGGAUCGGUGUUUGAGUUCUGAAGACGAGAACUAAAUCUGCAGACAAAUCGCUAGUUUUUCAUAGGAUGACGCGGUGUUUUCGUGUGACGUGUCACUCUAAAGCGGAACUCAGUUUUGUUUAUGCAGAAUAAGAACGACGUCGUUUCCGGUUCUCAAACUAUGAGUGGCAAGAACUCUAAAGAGAAUCGUUGGCGUGAGCGUGAGUAACCUUUGGGCAGGUAGAGAGAUGAAGAUAGUAACAUACAAUGUUAAUGGGUUAAGACAACGCAUCUCUCAGUUCGGCUCUCUUCGCAAACUACUCGACUCUUUCGAUGCCGAUAUCAUCUGCUUCCAGGAGACAAAAUUAAGAAGACAAGAACUAAAAUCGGAUUUAGUAUUGGCUGACGGAUAUGAAUCUUUUUUUUCUUGCACGCGUACUUCUGAUAAAGGCCGAACUGGCUAUUCCGGCAAUUGCGUUUUAUUCCAUUAUAAUUUCUCUAGGAGUAGCGACAUUUUGCCGUGUGAAAUCAGCUUUUUCGAGUGACGAAGUGGCACUGCCAGUGGCAGCAGAAGACGGCUUUACUGGUGUUUUAGAUACUUCUGGAAGUAAAAUUGCGGAAGGUCUUGAGGAAUUUGCAAAAGAUGAGCUCUGUAGGGUUGAUGGUGAGGGACGUUGUAUAAUCACGGAUCACGGUCAUUUCAUUCUGUUUAAUAUUUAUGGGCCACGAGCUGCUAGUGAUGAUGUGGACAGGAUUCAGUUUAAGCUUAUGUUUUUCAAGAUAUUGCAGAAAAGAUGGGAGUUUCUCUUGUGUCAAAAGAGGAGGAUAUUUGUGGUUGGUGAUCUCAACAUUGCUCCUGCUGCCAUAGAUCGCUGUGAGGCCGAACCGGAUUUUGAAAAGAAUGAGUUCAGAAGAUGGUUUAGAUCUAUGCUGGUGGAAUCCUGUGGCUCCUUUUUAGAUGUUUUCAGAGCAAAACAUCCUGAGAGAAGAGAUGCAUACACAUGCUGGCCAUCUAAUACAGGUGCUGAGCAAUUUAAUUAUGGGACCAGAAUUGACCAUAUUCUCUGUGGUGGACCAUGCUUUCAUCAAAAGCAUGACCUGGAAGGCCAUAACUUUGUAACUUGUCAUGUUAAGGAGUGUGACAUACUAGUAGAGUAUAAACGGUGGAAACCUGGAAAUACACCGAGAACCAGGUGGAAAGGAGGGAUGAAUAUCAAAUUAGAAGGUUCAGACCAUGCUCCUGUUUAUAUGAGUUUUGGGGAAGUUCCUGUUAUUCCCCAACAUAGCACUCCAUCUUUAGCUUCUAGAUACCUUCCCAUGAUUUGUGGUCUCCAGCAAACUCUUGUGUCUGUGUUAAUGAGAAGAGAAGUUGCUAAAGAAGCUAAAUCUUACGAGGCCCUAAGCUCACUUACUACCCAAAGUAUGAAAAUGGAGAGUUUCAGUGAGUGUGCUGAAAGAUCGUUCAACUGCCAUGAACCUGGAAUUUCCCCUGGUGACCAUUGUUCUUUUGCAAACCAAGAACCUAAAGGAGAAAUGUGGAAAAUGCAUGAGAAUCAUAGAGAUCUACCUAAUGAAGCUGUUUGCAACACCACAAUUACAGCUGGGAGUUGUAAGCAGAUUAAUUUAAUUCCUAGUGACAGAGCCAAGAAAAAAGCAAGAAAAAUUCAAUCUUCGCAACUCUCACUGAGGUCUUUUUUUCAGAAGAGUCCAAACCCUAGGCAUGAUGUGGACAAUUUGGUUACUGAUACCUCACUUCAUCAGGCAGAUGUCCCAGAGUCCCCUCAUCGCAAAACUCCUGUGACUGAUUAUAAUAACUGUCAUGCUGAGCUGCAUGAUGUGAAUUCGAGUGGAUGCUCACAGGAUCAAGAUGAACAAGAUGGCAAUUGUUCUUUGGACAAAGAGAAAAAUAAUGUUGCUUUACUUGAAUGGCAAAGAAUACGACAACUCAUGGAGAACAGUAUACCUCUUUGUAAGGGCCACAAGGAACCUUGUGUUGCUCGAGUGGUGAAGAAACCAGGUCCUACAUUUGGUCGCAGAUUUUAUGUUUGUGCUCGAGCUGAGGGACCUGCUUCUAAUUCUGAAGCAAAUUGUGGUUACUUUAAAUGGGCUUCUUCAAAAUCCAAGCACAAAAAAUGAUGGUGUAUCUUGGUCUGAAAAUGAAAGAUUUAAGUCGUCCAUCCCUACCUCUCCCAAGUCUUGCUUCCUUAGUCUUACUGAGGUUACAUUUUUAAACCUAAUUUUUACCUUUCCUGCGUUAUCAGUUCUCUUAAAAUUGGGUGUUAUUUGCAGCCUCAUACUGCACUGGGGGGGAUGUUUAGCAUCUUUUGACAUUGUAUGUUCACAUGUAUUUAUCACUGUAAUUACAUUUUUGUAAGUGUAAUCUAGUUAAAUCGGGGGGAAAAAAAAUGUAGUUAAAAAAGAAGGAAAAUAGAUGAA